AUGGCAGAGCCUUUUAGCAUCGCAGCCGGCAUUGUAGGUCUCCUGGGUCUAGCCAUUCAGGUAUCUCAGAUGGUACUUAAGUUCGGACUUGACUGGAAAGAGGCUCCAAAGGAGGCCAAAGCGUUCAGACUCGAGCUACAGAGCCUCCAAAUGACCCUUACAGAAAUACAGACAAAGCUGAUUUCCAAUCCGUCUUUCGAAGAAGCCUUUGACGGCAAUUCAUCGGCUCUGUUGUCGCACUUGAAGGCCGACGACCUUUCCCAAGACAGCAUCAAGGAGGCCUUCCAGACCUGUCACACACAAUUGAUAGAAGUGAUCGACAAUUUUAAGGGCAAAGAGAGGAGCCACAGGCUCGGCUGGGAGCGAUUCAAAGCACCUUUCUUAUCCUCUAAAACAAGCAACGCUAUAUCACAGCUCCAAAGACAGUGUCAGAGUUUCAAUCAGCUUAUUCUAAUCGACACAGCUACUAUAGUAGCGAGCGCACAUCUCGAGGUUAAAGAGGUGAGGAAAGAGCACCAGCAAUGGCAUGCAGCAGAGGAGAACCGCAAGAUUUUGCGCUGGCUUUCUCAUCUCAACUUUGAGGAGAAGCAUCGCGAUAUUCUCUCGAAGCUCCAUCCCGGAACAGGCCAAUGGCUUCUGGAUUCGGAUCAAUUCAUGGCUUGGAGGAACGGACACCAAGAUUCUCCGCCCACUCUGUGGUGUCCUGGUAUACCCGGAGCGGGAAAGACUGUGUUAGCCGCAAAUGUCGUAGAUCAUCUGCAGCAACUAUUUGCCCAAGACAACGUGGCAGUACUAUACGUAUACUGUGAUUAUAAAGAUCAAACCAACCAGACGGAUCGAAACCUGUUCGCCAGUCUUGCAAAGCAGUCCAUACUGCAGCGAAGUGACUUACCCUUCGAAGCCAAAGUUCUGUACUCCAGUUGCCAGGAAGUAGACACAAGCCCAUCCUCCGAACAAUGCUUGAAUCUGCUGAAGUCCUCCAUAGACCAUUAUCGUAGAACGUUUAUCGUCCUCGACGCAGUGGAUGAGCAUCUACCGUCCGAAGAGGACAAAUACAGCCCACACAUUCCCCUUUUGUGUGAACUAAACAACAUCCAGCAACAGAAGCUAGGACGUUGUUCCUUCUUUAUCACUUCUCGUGAGAUUCAUUCGGUCCAAGAGCAGUUUCAAGACCGAACCAGACUGGAUAUUCGAGCAAACGAUGGAGACAUCAGGUCAUUCGUGGAGUCACGGAUCCAUGAUGACAAGAAUUUUACCUUUGCUGCCCAGGUCCGAGGGGAUCCUGCUCUUGCCAAGGAGAUUAUAGAAAAGGUGGUUGAGAAGGCUCAGGGAAUGUUCCUGCUGCCACACCUGCAUCUAGACCGUCUAGGCAAUCAAACGAGGAUCGGCAGGGUCCGGAAAGCCCUGAAUGAUCUCCCUUCCAAGUUAGACGACACAUACGAGGACACCAUGUACCGAAUCCAACACCAGCACGAAGAACACCGCCAACUCGCUAUGCGCGCUCUGUCGUGGAUCUCCAAAGCGGAGCGACCUCUUCAAGUCGAGGAGUUACAGCACGCCGUAGCCGUCGAGUUUGGCGAUGAAGACGUUGAAGAUGGACCAUUAGAGUCAGUUACUUUAAUCCUGUCGGUCUGUGCUGGCCUGGUGACUAUCGAUGCUGAGAGCAAGACUUUUCGACUCGUUCAUUUCUCCGUCCAGGAAUUCUUCGAGAAGAAGCACUAUAAAUGGUUCAGAGAUGCAGACAGGGUCAUAGCCGAGACUUGCUUGACCUAUUUGUCCUUCGAUGCGUUUGAACAAACGGUUUAUCAGGAAAACGAUUCUUUACCUCUAUUAUUACGCCAGUACCCUUUAUUCUCGUAUGCAGCAAAUAAUUGGGGAUGCCAUGUCAAUCGCUCAAGGCUCGGGGUGGAAGAGGUUAAAGAUGUUGCGCUGAAGUUUCUUGGAAACGAACGCACGGUUGCGGCCGCCAUGCAGGCGAUGUGGCAAAAAGGUGAUUGCAAUUUGAUACUCUUUCGAUACGCUUACCAGGAGCGGGUACCUGGUAUUUACCUUGUGGUUGCGGUGCAAUGUUUGGAGUUUGCAGCAGCUUGGAAGUUAUGCGGCGGAAACAUCGACACCAAGGAUCCAACAGACGGUUCUACAGUACUUCAGCUAUGUAUUAAGCUUUAUGAUUUGGAAAUGCCGAGAUGUCUGCUAGAUGCUGGAGCAGAUGUAAAUGAGAGCAGAAACGACGGCUGCACUGCACUAAUGGACGCAGCGGAUCGUGCUCUGUGUGAGAUAGUGAAGCUCCUACUGGAGAGAGGUGCGGACCCAAAUGUAAAGGACAAGAGUCAACUUUCGUGCCUUCACCACGCUGUGGCGAAUUCUGAGUGGAAAGACUUUCCGUUCGAAGCAUGUUGCGGUUGUGUUGAGCUCCUUUUGAAGGCUGGGGCAGACAUUGAAGCUCGUGAUGCUUCUGGAAACACUCCAUUAAUGUCAGCGCUGUUUGCGAAUAAUUUCUAUAUUGGGGAAUAUCUUCUGCGGCAAGGAGCAUCCGUUGACGUGGCAAAUAGCGGGGGGUUAACACCACUAUACUUUACCCUUAAAAACUCCCGUACUGUCCAGCCUGUGACCACGAUAAGAAUGGUUGAACUUCUACUACAGUCCGGAGCUGAUGUCGAUGCCGUUGACAGUCAUGGAAUCACGGCAUUGAGACUAGCCGCCGUAGGCUUUCACCGAUACGCAGAAACUGAAUUUCUGAUUCAGUCAGGUGCCAAUGUUAAUCUUACUGAUAUGAACGGGAGGACAGUUUUAAUGGACACCACCAGAAGCUGUUAUGACAAAAAGAUCAUCCAUCUUCUAUUGCGGUCUGGAGCCUUUGUCAACAUGGCUGAUCGUUGGGGAUGCACAGCUCUGAUGGAAGCUGUUGGAGAUAAAUGGGUUGGUUACGGGGUGACCGAGCUUCUCUUGCAAUUUGGCGCCGAUGUCAAUGCAAUUGAUGAAAGAGGAGAGACGGCGGUGACAAAGGUUGUGCAGGGAUGUCUUCGCUUAUCCAAUAUCACAGACCUGAGUUACAGAUACAUGUACCUCUGGAAUAAUGACAACGUAGACAAGGAAAGAUUGCGCCUACAUCGGGAACGGUACCGAGAUAUUUUGAGUGCCCUGCUUUCACGGGGUGUGAGCGAGCAAAAUAGAAAGAAUGCGCUGGACCUCGCUCGUUCUCAUCGACACCCUGACAGAGAAAUUGUGAAGAUUCUUCUGACGAAGGAAUCAGAUGAUUCAUGGAGAGGGAAGGGUCCCGGCCCCUUCAAGCUAAACACAUACGAUGAUCGCAAGACAGAAGAUAACAAUCACGGUUGGUUCAACCAGACGACCCGAGGUACUCCAACGACGCCAAAAUAUCGUGCUCAGCACGCCUCGGAAAAGACCCCUGACGCCACGCAAAAGGAAAGUAUCCACAAGCUCACCACCAACAGCACCAUGACCAGCGAUAUAGGUGGCGAUCUCUUCAAGCAGGAACACAGUCCCCUCAUAGAGACCAGUACUCCUCAAAACCUCACGCAAGUCACAAUACAACCUCUACGCCAGACGAAGAAGAAGAAGAAGGCGACAUCCCCGAUCUCAACGGCUCGCCCCUCCCCCGAAAAAAUGCUGCUAUUUACUCGUACUUUAAUGGCACCACAGAAGAACACCUCGACUUACCUCCAAUACACUACCGGCAACGAAACAAACAAACAACAGCAGCACACUUCGAAGCCGUCUAAACCUUCCGGCGGCACAGAAGCUACCGAUUACCACGCAGAGAACUACAUGCCCGUGCCAGACAGACACUAUGGACACCUCUCACGAGGCAGCGGUGAGAUGCUGCAGAACUUCGAGCAUACGAUUUGUUUCCUGGACGAGAUAGCGAAAACGCCAAACAGUGUGGAUGAAUUGGAACACUAG